AUGCAAAACUAUGCCUAUGGGCUGAGUAUAUACUCGUGGACACUGACGGGGCGGCUAUAUUGUCAGGACAAUGCCACCCAGGCUCAGACCCAGGCCCUGUUCAAAUGCGAUAACUUGAUGAGACCCGAGCGAAAGAAAUUGCUGACAAUCUGUCUAAAGGAAGUGAUGGGCUAUACGUUGACCGAUAAUAAACCCACCAUUUGUUCGUACUAUCAAAAUGAAAAGGAGUUUAAAGUGAUGGACUGUAUGUUCAGUAAGUUGGGUCAGAUAUACGGUAAGAAGUAUAUGGCAAACGCCGCGGACGAGGAUUUUGACGCUAUUGAUGCCGUGGAAAAUGACUUUGAGUGGUGUGUUAUGAAAGUUGGUUCAGUUUAUGGCUUUGAACACCUGUGCGAUAAACAAUUGACGGACAAACAAGUUGGCGAGGUCGAGGCGUGCGCCAAAAAUGCCACCGAGUUAUUGAAAGUGCUUAACGAUUGCCGAACAGAGAGCAAGGUUAAAAUUGGCAGUAAACCGGCCACAUGCGAUUUUUAUGGCAAUAUUAAAGUAAUGAAUUGCUACAACAAAGUAUCGCUCAAAUGGACCGAGAGCGAUCAAAAUGAGAAGUGGAAUCAGUAUAUUGAAUGCUUAGCAGAUGUUCCUAAAUAACAAACCAUGGUCAUUAAAUCAUUGCCAUUUCCUUGCACAAAACAAGCACCAAGCCCUAAUUGACAUUGCUCACUUUGCACUAACCAAUUGCUUAAUUUGCUUUUUAAAUAAAUUUAUAAAUUAUUAAAAUUUUCUAAAGUAAUUAAAAUAAUAUAUUUGUAUAUUAUUUUGCUUAAUGCUGCUACAUUAAAAUAAAAAUUAAUUCCUCCCUUUAA